AUGUCGAAUUUACCGUCCCAUGCCUCUCCGUCUUUCGGGGCGCAAUCGCCUGCCACGCCGCGACCCGUCGACGAGCUUUCUCUAGACUCGAACACUACAUCAGCCCCUGCGUUUCACUCCAGAUUAGAUGAACUUCGAGAUGAGACUGCCAGCCAGAUCAGCAGCACCGACAGCGACCGCGGGGACAUGACCCCCGCGGUUCCCGCAUCAUUACUCUCCCCCUCCUUCACUCCUCCAGCAACCCCCGGGGGCUCGAUCAAUACCGCACAGCUCCUCCAACAGGCCCAAUUAGCCGGCGCACGGCAAGGGUCAACACAUACGAAGCCCCCGAGGCUGCUCUCUCGCCUUCCCAAUGUCGAGUGUAUCGUCCGCGCUCGUAUACCCACGACAACGGGCGCGGAGAUGUUUCUCCACCUGUACCACAAUGAUUUGGACAACAAGGAGCAUCUGGCGAUUGUGUUUGGAAAUACAAUUCGAAGCAGAAGUCUGGACAAGGUCCGACCUGGCGAGACGGAGAUGGAUCGCAUGAUUCGCGGUGCGUAUAUCGGGAAACUCCGUCCGGGCCGUGUGAGCAGUUGGUAUGACGAGGAGAAAGCCGGAGAAGCUGCCAGCCCGGAAGAUGGCGGCGCUGUAUCCAGUCCGCACACACCGCCUCAGAGCCACCCCAACGAAGCGCCUCUUGUGAGAAUCCAUUCGGAGUGCUACACUGGUGAGACGGCUUGGUCUGCACGCUGCGACUGUGGCGAGCAGCUCGACGAGGCGGCGAGACUCAUGUCGCUGCCCAUGGAGACAUUGACCGAGGCUGCGUCGCAGCAGUCCAUGACGGUGCCGUCAAAUGCUGCUGGCGGCGUGAUUGUAUACCUGCGCCAGGAAGGACGGGGCAUUGGUCUGGGUGAGAAGUUGAAAGCGUACAAUCUCCAGGAUCUUGGAUCGGACACGGUGGAAGCAAAUCUUCUGCUACGACACCCGGCGGAUGCAAGAAGUUACGGUCUGGCUACGGCAAUCCUGGUUGACCUCGGCCUAGGGGUAGAUUCGAAUCCACAUGGCAUCAGGCUACUUACAAACAACCCGGAUAAGAUUCGAGCGGUCGAGGGACCUAACCGAGAAGUGGUGGUGAAGGAACGGGUGCCGAUGGUGCCAUUGGCAUGGAGGUCUGGUGGAAAGAUGGGAAUCAAGAGCUCAGAAGUCGAAGGGUAUCUGAGAACAAAGGAAGACUCCCCUACCCCAUCCGGUUUCACCUCCGCCGACGCCGAGACACCCGUGGCAGACAACCACGGCGGACCUACGACAGCAGCAGGUCGGAAACGCAAGCUGAACAGUACCUCGUCGCGCGGCGUGGCCAAUCUGACACCCGAGCAAUUGGCGAAAAAGCGAGCGAACGAUCGGCAGGCCCAGCGGGCGAUCCGUGAGCGGACCAAAUCGCAUAUCGAAUCGCUUGAGCAGCGGGUGCGCGAGCUCUCGUCUCAGAAACCGUUCCUUGAUCUCCAGGCGGCGCUGAAGCAGAAUGAAGCCAUUCAGGCCGAAAAUCGGGAGUUGAAGCAGGGGUUUAAGGCGAUUAUGGAUAUCAUACAGCCGCUGGUUGCGAAGCAAGAGUCCAAUCUCCCUCCCCCUCCUGCCCCGAACGCUGUGGCACCUCCUCCGCCUCUUCAACCUCUGAACCCUUCCUUCAAUCCGCCGCAUUACACCGAGACUCACCAUUUCACCUCAACCAGCCAAAGAUACGAGCCCUCAUAUACGGCUUCGACUCCUGGCGCAGAAACGCCGACGUCGACACACUCAGCGCCUACGAUGAGUGCUCAUCGACGGGAUACCACCAACGGACUGGCCUCGUUCCGAAUCGCGUUCGACUAUCAGCGUCAUAAUCUCACCCAUGGAUUGGAUUUCGGUACCGACGAGAGACUGGCUUUCAAUUUCCUGCUCGAUGCCUCUCAGCAGGUUCCUAGAGUGGAGGGUUUCCGUCGGUCAGCGGAGAGCUUCAGGCCGUCUCAAGUAGAUACGCCUUCAGUCUACACACCUUCGGCUAGCGGUCCUGUGCCGGAGCAACCCUUGCCCGCAUACAUGACUCCGAUCCGGAACAUAGCCCCGACAUGCACAUUGGACGCCAUCCUGCUGGAUUUUCUUCACCACCGUCAGCGUGAAGCGGCACAGGGAGUUCCCACACAGAAGCUUGUGGGGCCCCCUUAUCCGAGUGUCUCGUCGCUGCUGAAUCCCGAAAAAAGUGUUUACUCGCAUCCCCUGUCAAAGGUGUUUACCGAUAUUCUUCGCACAUUCCCAGAUAUCUCGUCCCUCCCUGAGCAAGUAGCCGUCUUGUAUCUCAUGUUUCUCCUCAUGCGGUGGCAGAUCUACCCGACAGCAGAGAACUACGAGCGGCUGCCGGACUGGCUCACGCCUCGCCCCUCUCAACUUCUCACACCCCAUCCGGCUUGGAUUGACUACCUUCCAUGGCCGCGGAUGCGUGAUCGGCUGGUCAUUUCAUAUCAGGAUUAUCCGUUUGAGAAUUGGUUCAUCCCAUUUACUCGGACGCUGUCCGUUAAUUGGCCGUACGAGGCGACGGACUGCUUGCUGUCCACCAGUGAUAAUGAGGAUCUCAUCAUGAAUCCAGUCUUUGAGCGACAUUUCAAAAAUCUCAGCAAUUGGUCGCUCGGGCCAGCUUUUGCCCAAGCGUAUCCGCAGUUGGUCGAAACCACGAGAAUCAAACCUUGA